CUUCCAAAUUUUCCGCAAAUUGCCUCCGUGCCAGUCGCACUCUUCUUACUGUUAAUACAUUCACGUCCCAGUAAACGCCAAACUAUUAAGAAUCAUGCAAUUAGCCAAAGCUUCACGUGACCAGCAAUUGCAAGGCUCCCCAAUCUGGGACGGAGAACUCCUGAUUCCAAUACUUUUGAACUUCAAAGUCCACCCCCAUCAUCACGUGAUCCGCUGCAACUUUAGCUCCCGCUAAUUUACUACUCUGAUGGAACCAGAAGCCCCCCGCGUUACCUCCAUUGCCCCCUUCUUCUCUCUCACACCACUGUCGCCAGCUCACUACAGAGCAUAGCGUAUGAGAUCACAGGAAGCCUUCUCUAUCUAUAAAACCCAACUCCCACAGCUCACUUAUCAUCUACUCCUCCAAAGGAAUCAGCUUUAUUUCGUUUCCUUCAUGGCCAACGCAAGAAUAAUACUCCUUCUUCUUUCCCUGCUCGCUCCUUCUCAGUUCGCCAUUGCUUCCUUUCGGAGCUUAUACAGAGACUUUGAUAUCACAUGGGGAGGUAAUCGAGCUGAGAUGCUCAAUCAUGGCCAGAUGCUCUCUCUCUCUCUUGACAAGGCUUCGGGCUCCGGCUUCCAGUCGAAGCAUGAGUACCUCUUCGGCAAGAUCGAUAUGCAGAUCAAACUCAUCGCCGGCGACUCCGCCGGCACUGUCACCGCUUACUACUUAUCAUCUCAGGGCCCGAUUCAUGACGAGAUUGAUUUUGAAUUCCUCGGGAAUUCGAGCGGAGAUCCUUAUACUCUGCACACCAACGUGUUUACGCAGGGAAAAGGAAACAGAGAGAUGCAGUUCCGGCUCUGGUUUGAUCCAACGCUGGAUUUCCAUACAUACUCUGUUCUCUGGAAUCCCCUACACAUUAUAUUCAUGGUGGAUGGAACUCCCAUUAGAGUAUUCAGCAAUCUUGAAAAAACCGGCGUGCCAUUCCCCAGAAAUAAGCCCAUGAGAAUAUACUCUAGUCUGUGGAACGCUGACGAUUGGGCUACAAGAGGAGGUCUCAUCAAGACAAACUGGGCUCACGCUCCCUUUACGGCUUCAUACCGCAACUUCAAAGCCGACGCCUGCGUGUUCUUCGCCGGAAAAUCGAGGUGUCCGUCGAGAAAGAUGGCCGGCGGGGGCGGAGGAGGAGGAGCGUGGAUGCUGUACAAGAUGGAUUUGGAGAGUAAAAAGAGGAUGAGAUGGGUGCAGCGGAAUUGCGUGAUCUAUAACUAUUGUGCAGAUCGCAAGCGAUUCCCGGCGCGUCUUCCGCCGGAGUGCGCGGUGGCUUGAGAAGAAGAUGGAAGGACGUGUUAUUCUUUCAUUCUUUGUUGAUUUCGUUCGUCCUUGAAAUAAGUUAUUUCUGUUUAGCGGACAAUUUUUUAUUUAUUUACA